CAGUAUAAGUGGAGCUCAGAAAACAAUACAAAAUAAUAAUUAAAGAAAGUUCACGUUCCGCGGGAAAACACGGCUGUGUCGUCAUCCGAGCGCGCGGUGGCGCUGUGGGCGGAGCUGCACAUCCGGGUCCUGAGGCGAGUGACGUCAGAGCGCCAAAAUAAACAGCAGCGCUCAAUGAGCGGAAUAACCAAAACAGUAUUCUACAGUUUACUGAAAUAAUUGUUAUUAUUCUGCGAAGCUGUUUAUGAGAGAAGUGGGAAAAUAACAGAGAGGAGAUGCAGGCGGCGGAGGAGACGCUGGUGGAGCGCGUGGAGUCGAUGGGAGUCAGCGAGGAGCACAAAACUGUGGACGAAAAGGAGCCAGAAAGAAGCGAGGAGACGCGUGAAGACACAGAAGAUGCUGCAGCAGACGACAGCUCAACCGUGGAAGGAGAGAAGGGCGGCGAGGAGGCGGAGGAGCCGAAGGAGGCUGGAGAGACGGACGGAGGCGCUGAGGAGGACUGGGAGAUCCCUUACAGCGACGAGGAGAUGGAGGACCCCGGCAGCUGGAUGCCUCCGCCCGACGAGAUCAAGCGGCUCUACGAGAUCCUGUCCCGAGGAGAAGCCCUGGAGCUGAAGUGGGAGCCGCUCCCUCGCCGACCUCCGACCCCGCCUCGCACGCCCUCGCCCGAGAGAGACGGAGACGCCUCGCAGGACGCCCAGGAGGAGGACAACCAGCGCAAGGCUCUGACUCCGACCGAGUUUGACUUCGACGAGGAGCAGAGCCUGACGACCCCGAGGAGCUCGUUUCUGAGUCGACGCAGGACUCCAGGCUCGUCCGGCCGCUCCACGGUCAAGCGCGAGGCCCGUCUGGACAAGGUGCUGUCGGACAUGAAGCGGCACCGGAAGAUCGAGCAGCAGAUCCUGCGCACGGGUCGCGACCUCUUCAAGAGCGAGAAAGCUCGGCCGGCGGGCGUCCCGGAGAAGCCCCUGUCACCCAACAGCCAGCGUGAGCGAGAGAAGGAGCGCGAGCGGGACAGUGACCCCAGCACCGUCUUCAGUCCUCGUCAGAGGAGAUACUGACUCUAGAUACUGACUUUCAGGUGUUUUUAUGUGAAUAAAUAAGAGUAUUGUGUA